CAUAUAGAUGAACUGGAAUCUUGGGAAUUCGACAUAAGGUCGUGUACCUUAUUUUCGUGUGUUACUUUGUAGUUGUUUAUUUAUACCCUAGGAAAGUAAAAUGACUACUGCAAACAUAGAAAUAAUUGUUGGAACGUACGAGGAGUUUUUGUUGGGAUAUAAAGUUGUUAAAGAAGAAAAUUCCGACUGCCGUUUGAUUCAGAGUUUUGCUGACCAUUCUCAUCGAGCAAGUAUUCGCAGUGUGUGCGCUAGUGGUAAAUUUCUGGCAUCAGGCGGUGCAGAUGAAACAAUUCAUUUGUACGACAUGAAAGCUCGCAAGGAAUCAGGAAUUAUUUCCCAACAUAGUGGUACAGUAAAUUGCAUAUCAUUUUCACCAAAUGGAUCUCAUUUAUUGAGUGGCAGUGAAGAUGGCAGUAUAGCUAUAUUCCGAACUGGAAGUUGGCAGUUAGAGAAGUUGUUUACUAAAGCACACAAAGGCGAAGCUGUAACAUCCCUUAGUGUCCAUCCAAGUGGAAAAUUAGCUUUGUCAGUGGGCACUGAUGCCACUCUUCGAACCUGGAAUCUUGUUAAGGGUCGACAGGCUUAUGCUACAAAUUUGGGAAAGAAUCGCACUGGGAAGGGAAGAGCUGUAUCUUGUUUACUGUGGUCUCCAGAUGGCAACUUGUAUGUUGUACCUGUUGGUAUUGAAGUCAACAUAUAUGAUGUAUCUACAGCUGGCAUUGUUCACACUAUCCAGUUACAACAAAAAGUCACUUGCAUAUGUUUCUGUCAGGAUACCAUACUCGCUGUUGGGGAUGAAGGUGGAGGGUUGUCAUUUCACAGUAUCUCUGACAAAAAGCAGUUAAUUGCAGUUGAGGCUCAUGAACACAGAAUCAAGUGUAUAACUUUUAUCAGCACGAAAGAGGACAAUUUUAUAGUCUCAGCAUCAAGUGGUGGACAUAUCAGAUUGUGGAAUUACAAGAAUGGGAAAGUGAAAAGCAUCUGCCACACUAACACUGAUUGUCGCAUCACCUGUUUAGUAAUCCUGGAGGGACAGAAUUCUAACCAGAAAUGUAUGAAAGAAGAUGUUUUGCAAAUACAUUCCAUUUACAAUGGUACUGGUAACGACAAAGAAGCUAUCAAACCAAAGCGACUGAGAAAAGAUAGUGAAGAUUCAGAAUCAGUUAACAGAAUACAUGAUAAUAAAGCUAAGAAGAAAAAUUUAAAACUUUCUGAAGCAUCUCAGUCAUUGGAUGUUAUAUGUACUAGAGGCCAGAAGUGGUUAGUUGAAGAACUGUAAGAUGGAUCAGAUUUCCUCUCAGAGAAAUUAUGAGCCAUUAUUUAUACAUAAUGACUUAUAAAAUUUUGGGGACAGAAGAAAAUACAGUGAUGCUGAGACAGAUGGGCUAGAACCUGCUUAUCCGUGUCUUACACAAGAGCAGAAUUGUUCAGUUGAUGUAAUCUAGUGGAUGUGUAUGUAAUAAGUCCCGGAGGAGAGCUUAGUGCAUUUAAGGUUUUAGAGUGGUGAAAUGGGUCAAGCAGUGGGUUAACACAUUGGGAAAAUCAGCGAUGGAAACACUAUAGAUGCUGUGACUGUGUAUGGUAAAUAAGCAGUAUCCUGGCAUGAUGUUAUUAAGGCAUCUUUAUCUAGGGUCUUCUUAGUGUUGCUGGAUUUAAAUUACAGUUCUCUCCUGUAAACAUUUUAAGGUAUCAGGUGUGACAGUUUUGAUGGUCUGUUACAGUCUGCAACAUUUUGUAAGUGUGAAUAUAUUUUAUAAUACAGGAUGAACCCAAAUAAUAUGACCAGUUUAAAAUAUUUAUUUAGCAAAAAUUAAAUGGCAUACAGAAGUAAAACACAAUUGUAAGGAGAACUUCAAAAUGUCUUUUGUAGCAUGGAGGUGAUCAACUCCAGUGGUGUCCAAGAGAGUGUAACUUUUGACAUGGCAGUAAAAUGGCAACUUGGCCACACACACAAAUUGGAUUGAAUUCACACAUGGAGGGUCUCUGUGGAAGUGUACAUUAUGUUGGAUCAAUACAAAUUAAUGUUAAUCUCACCGGACAACUUUUUCUGUGCAUUCCAUUGAUAACAAAUGUAAUUGAAAUGUGUUCGGUUGUCUUGUAGGGGAGACAUGUGAACAUGACCUCCUCUAUGAAUUCAGGCAAAAAGUACAUAUUAAUGCCACGUUUUGUUGCUAAAAUUAUUUUAUUUUGUCUUUUGUAGCAAGUACAUUGAGCAAUGAUUUAUCAGUAUGAAACUCUGGAAUAGGGCCUACCACUAUUGAUUGCUGCAUGCAGUGUUUGUGUUUAACUUACAGGAAUCGUGAAAGUGAGAGAUGGGAACUGCAUACAAAAUUUAGAAACUUUGAAGGAAUCUGAUUACUAGUAAGACAGUAUUAAAAUGAGUCUUCAAGGAAUAGUGUGUGUUUUGUAUUCAUGUGGCUCCUGAGAUUGGUACCAUUGCAUACUCUCAUAAACACUGAACCUUUGUAUCUGUUGAGCAUCUAUCAGCAAAUCUCUCUUUCUAUGGAGUGAAUGAGUUAGGCUUAAGCUUAUAGACAUGCUCCUGUCCACAAUACCUAUAUAAGGCUAAAACAUUACUUAUCAGUGUUAAUAGAAGCAACAACUUGCAUUGUCUGAACUUUAUGAUAAUUAAAUGUAGUGAUGAAUCUUUUUAGUGGAAUAUCAGUUAAAUGGCAAGAGUAAACUUGUGCAGUCAUUGUUACAGUAUGACCUUGCUUUAUUUACUUGAAAAUUGGAAACAGUUCAUACAAUAAUGUACAGGUAGCCUUCAAUAUAUGCCGGGGAUGCGUUCCUGGAAGAACCGGCGUAAACGAAAUUUGCGUAAAUCGAAAGGAAGUCAAUGACAUGCGUUCCCAGCACUCAAACAUCGACGAGUAAUAUAA